AUGGCUGCAAAGAUGCCAUUUGUGGAAGAGGCAUCUCAGCGCAACUACAAGUUUGCCAAGGAUUCUGAAGUGAAGAACAAGAAGAGUCUCAGAUGCAACUUCAAUCCAGGUCCUACUGCUCCUAGGGCUGAUGGCACACGUGAUGCCAAUCCCAAUGUCAUCGGCCCCUUCGACAACUUUGAUGGUUUCCUCUCGUAUAUCGCCGCUCAAAGGGCCACUGUGGAUCAAUCUGCGGAUGAUGCUGAUUCUGAUGAAGCGCCUGCUCCACCCAAGCCACAGAAGCAGAAGAAAACUAAGGCUUCAAGGCCUGGUGCUGCACCAAGCGCUUCGCGUGUGAAGCCAUUGGCAACUGAUCCUCCUGCAUCCAGUAUGCAAUCUGAAGAUCUUUCUCGUGUCUCCAAGAAGACAGAGAAGCCCAAGAAGAUGCCCAUCCAUAGUCCUGGGCAAGCACUGACUCCAGCUGCCGUUCUGAGGAACGACAAUGAAGCCAUUGAUCUGUCAACCAUUGCUCAUGAGCUGGCUCUGGCUCAGAAGAUUGUCGAACAGAAGAACAAAAUCGACUAUGAGAAGGCUCAGUUCAAAAAGCACAUGGCCAAGCUCAGCGUGACUGAUGUUCAGAACUUCAAGCAGAUGCUGCAUGACCUCAAGGAAGAGUUUCACAAGAAACGCAAAGAAGCAAAAGGUUCAAGAGAACGGAUGAAACUCUCCGCCCAGAAAUGUGUUCAAGUUCAUAAUGAAGCUGAAAAGUGCAAGGCACUUGGGCGUCCAGGCAUCGACCCCAAGUUGGAUGCCAAGAAGAAGCCUACCGUGGCCCAAGCUGAAGCAUCAGGGCGGGAAGCACCUAGCAUUGUCUUCCCUGCCAGCAUAAUAGGCACGAAGCCUAAGGCCCCCAGAGCUGCUUCCGAACUGAAGAAGACAAGGGCAGAUGAGGCCGAAGCCAGAAAGCGCAAGAACAAGAACGCCACUGAUGAUGCACCACAGACCAAGAAACGGAAGACAAAGUCUUCAAAGAAAGAUCGGGCUACUCCCAUAGAGCCCCUUGUUCUCGAGCCCAUAUCUGUUGCUCGCCCUGCAUCCGAACACCAAGAGCGUCAGAUUGUGAUCCACGAGCCUGCUUUCACAGAGGCUCCUGAAGCUGAAGUUCUAGCUAUUGACCCCACCACAGCUGAAGACAUUGCUAAUGUGGCGCCUGAAGUGAAUGCUGUGCCAGAAGCCAAUGUUGCACCUGAAGUCACCAUAGCACCUGAAACCAUUGUGCAGCUUGAAGCCCAUGUCAAUGCCGAUGCUCCUGUACCACCUCCAAGACCUCACACUGUUGAGCUGGCAUUUGAUCGCGGCCAACCUGUCAUGACUGCGAAGCCAUUGCUGGCCUGCCCUGUUUGGAAGAAGCCCUUGACUGCUUCAGAGAUGCUGGCCUUCUACAUUUUGUGA